AUGGCCCGAACCAAGCAAACAGCGAGAAAGUCCACCGGAGGAAAAGCGCCUCGUAAACAGCUGGCUACUAAGGCAGCUCGAAAGAGCGCUCCUGCUACUGGUGGCGUGAAAAAAACCGCACCGUUACAGGCCAGGAACAGUGGCCCUCAGAGAGAUCCGUCGUUAUCAGAAGUCCACCGAGUUGCUGAUUCGCAAGUUACCGUUUCAGCGUCUUGUUCGAGAAAUCGCUCAGGAUUUCAAGACCGACUUGCGCUUUCAAAGCUCAGCCGUGCUGGCUCUUCAAGAGGCUAGCGAAGCCUACCUGGUCGGUCUUUUCGAGGACACCAACCUUUGCGCCAUUCACGCUAAACGUGUCACCAUCAUGCCUAAAGAUAUCCAGUUGGCUCGUAGGAUCCGGGGCGAACGUGCAUAA